AUGAAGUAUACACGAGAGAAGCCAUCUGCUACUGAUAACACAUUCGAGUUGUUAAGAUUGAAGGUCAUAAUAGCUAUAGGGACAUCAAAAAUACUACGCGGGGGCUCGAGGCUUCUCCCCCAAAUUGCUGUUGGAGUUACUGUUUUGCUCUUUGGAUCGUAUUUGUGGUCAUCGCAUUUUGCUAGCCUGGCUUUAAACUCCAACUACACCAAGGCCUUAAAAUGGCAAGGGGAUGAUCCUGAAGGAGACAUAGGCGAAGGUUUGAGGAUAGUUGUGUUUGGCGGAGGUGACGUUGCUACUCCAAGUCGAGUAUCGUGGCAAGUCAACGGACCUACUUUGAACUGUGGUACAUACCACUCUUUUACUCCACUUGCCGAUUAUGAUGGCGGAUCUAUUGUAUCCAAUUCCUUGUUCGAAGCUGCGCUGGAUCGCACAUUAUCUGCAGAUAACAACACGCUCUCUGGACUCGACUACUCCUGGCUAGCCCUUAGCUAUCCGGCCCCGGCCCAUCAAGACUUAUUUCAUCAAAUAGACGAUUUCCUAACGAGCCCUCUGCCUCUAUAUCCACCCCGAGACACUUUAUGGGUCUUCAACAUUGGGUACUGGGACAUAUGGUACCUAGCAGCAUUGCCUCGCAAACUUGCUACGCAUAUGGUUGAGACUCAAGCACAACAGGUGUUCUCGUAUAUAGAGCUUCUGUACGAAGAAGCGCACAAGAACAAUUCGAUCGCCUUCUCGGAGAGUUACAUAGAUACGACCAAGAUCACGCCGACUCGACCCACGUUCCGCGUAUUCAUACCGAAACCGUUCAGCAUUUCCCUAACAUCGGGGUUUGUCAACACCCGCCCUAUACCCCCACCGCCUCAUACCAGAGCGGAGCAGAUGCGCAAUGCGGCGUUCUUGGAGAACCAUUGGGACAAGGUGUUCCAAGAUAUGUUGUACGAGUGGGAGCGGCUUCCAGGGAGGGAAGAUGUUGGGGAUGAGGAUGACUUAUCGGAGAUCAAGGAUGCCGAUCUUCUACUCAGCAAGAAGGCCCCAAGGGCGAGUAAACCCAGCAUACCAUCCGCACGCCGCGAAGCUAUUACUUAUGAUAUUUCGAGCUACUUACGGGACCUCAUCGUCGAGCGUCAACUGCGGCACGCCAGCAUAGUGGAUCAUGAUGGAGUCGGCUCGGCAGCCGUAGCGGACGGCUACUCUGAGGUAUGGGAGCCUUGUAUCAAACGAGAUAAUCCCUCCGGCGAUACAAGCGAAAAUGCCAAAGACAAUCCCCACGAUGGAUGGAGUGUGUGUAGUACCCCGGACGAGUACCUAUUCUGGACCGACUUCACAGUGAGCCGACAGGCUGUUUUUGAGAUAGGUAGACGCGCUGCCGAGUUGCUAAGACGUCAUGUCCAAACAGAAGCAGAGUGGUCUAGGAAGGGCAAACAGGCGCCGUCCUCUCUGCGCAAGGAUAGCAAUGGAGCGCCUCUAAAAGCUGAGGGUUUUGAGACAUGA